CAUCCACUCUCCUUCAUCAAUCGUCGCAAUGCGACAAUCUCUACGACGAAAGUCGUGCAGUGCAUGCGCACGGUCCAAGCGUCGCUGCAGCCUCAGUGCUCCCAGCUGCAGGCGCUGCACAGCCAAAGGCAUCGAAUGCUCAUAUCCCACCGUCACGCCUGUGCCACCUCCGCUCCCAAAUGCGCUGCCCAGUGAUUCCAUUGACGAUGCUUUGCUUUCUCUUCAGAUGCCCUCUUUCACGUCCUCCACAACUGAAGCGUAUGGCAUGGAGCUCGACUCUGUAGAUCAUCAUGCCCAUGCCCAUGCCCAUGCCCAUGCCCAUGCCCAUGCCCAUGUCCAUGCCCACACGGCAAACGAUUAUACGGCGCGCGCAGAAUUCCUGGCUCAUAUGAUGUCGCUGCAGUCCACGGCAUUGGCCGACAAGGGAUUCAAUGUCUUCAUUCAUUCGUCACAGACUCUGGCGUCAGAUGCCUUGCGCGACGCGUUGGCUGGCAGUGCCCUGCACGCUAUGCGAAACCCUUCUAAUGCGCGCUUCGUCGACUCUGAGAUUGCAAGGCGCGCCUCCAACAUUGUCGCCGUCUUACUUGCAGCGUCAAUAAGCGACGAUACCCUCGACUUGCAAAUGCUUCCCUCCGUGCAAGCACUUCUUGUCUACCAAUGUAUGCGACUCUUCUCACCAGGCAGUAUCAGCCAACAAACACAGGCUGAACGCGACAACUUUGUUCUUCAAAUCUGGGCCUCGCGAUUGCAGUUAUCAUUGGAACGUGGUGAUGACCUCAUGGAAGUGAGCUGGGAGCUUUGGGUCGAGCAGGAAGCCAUCCGUCGCACGCUCAUAUGUAUAGAGCUUGCACAAGGCACCUACACUUACCUUCGAGGGAACUGGCCCGUUGGGGUACGGUGCAAUCACGACCUAAGAUUUAAUGCACAGAAGGCUCUUUGGGAAGCCAAGUCAGCUGCGGAGUGGCGUUUGGUCUGCGACGAUUUCGCGCAUCCCUCGAUGCCAUGCAACAUGAUUCGCUUACAUAAAGACAUUCGAGACGCAAUGCCUGGUGACUUGGAUGAUUUAGGGGUCUUGCUGCGCGCUGUGGGCGAAGGGCUUAAGGACAUGAAUACCUGGCUUCGUCACGAUAAAGAAGCCUUGCAGCGAUGGGGCCAAGUGGGUGUAUGAGAGCACUACGUAUAUGUUUCACUUUAGGGUGAUCUAUUGCUACAAACCAUGAACGCCAAUGCGAAGGAAUUGACCGUCUUUGUCAAGCCUAUCCCUGAUCGGUCCACUCUUCAACUCCUCGACAUCCCAAGCCGACCACACAAAUCGACCAUGCAAAAAGGCCGCUUCAUCCGACGCGCACCAGACGGCAAACGCGCCUGGAAGACUCUCUACAAACCGUUAGGAAUGCUUGUAUUACAAAGACACAUCACAAAACUUACCAUCGUCCCAAUUUGCUAUCGAUCCUGCCAUCCCUUUCUCCCGAACUUGGUCUGUCAGAAGGGCGCCUGGAUGGAAGUUGGUGAUCUGAGUUUGAGAGGGAUCCUUCUCGUCUGCCAGUUUCUGCAUCAGCAAGGUCCCCGAUGCCUUGGUCAGGGAAUAAGAAGCCAAGGUUGUAGGGCCUCGGAAAUCAUGAAUGGCACCCGAUGAGACGUUGAGUAUAUAGUACUAUGGUCCGGGCUGUCAGUGAUUUGUCAAGCAAGGAGAGGAGGUGAGGAAUGGAGUGAGAGGGAAGAGCUGGCCUCAUACCUUUCCUUUCCCCUGUUCUUGCUUAUGUAGGCGAUCGUAUAGUUGAUGUAGCGCGCGAGUGUUGACCACGAACUGCUCCCACGUUUUUUCCCAGCCUUGAUCCCACAAUGCCCCAUCAACAAUGAGAGCAGCGUUGAGGACCAAUACAUCCACAUGAACACCAUUUGGGCCGAAAGAGUCAAACACCUGAUCGAUGCUGCUGGAAUCAGAUAGCUGACAGACUACCCCCUCAAAUUUGGUAUUGCAAUCGACGUGAUCAUGAGCCAGUCUUGCUAUUGCCUCCUCAAGCUUUGGGCGAGCUCUACCAGUGAUGAUGACCUCAUCCGCACCGGCCAAAGCAAAGUUCUCGGCAAUGGCAUAGCCGAUACCAGCAGAUCCGCCGGUGAUGAGAACUGUCCUCCCAGCCUGAGAAAGCGAAGGCUGUGAAGGAUCUAUAGCAUCAUACACAGCUGAAUGUACUUUAUUCGUCAGUGGCGCGGGCGUGUAUACGAAAGCCGGGGUUUCCGCGUUGUUUGACAUGAUGGAUGAAGCUUUUGGGGAUGUUUGCAGCAGGCGAGGAGAUAUGCACUGUACUAGGCGGGAAUUCUUGCAUGACAUUUGCGGACUAUUCUGGAUCAUGAUUGCGGAAGUCCGUUACAAAGAGCGGCCUGUUGUGGAUCUGACGAUGGAGAGCCACAUUUGACCGCAGACCGAGAAACGCUUUCUGGCGCCACCAAGGUACGAUAAGCAAUGUUAGAGUUUAUGAGUCGUAGUCUGUCGGCGCAAAUAGGUAAAAGCUUUGGAGAGCCCAAUUAAUGACAUGUCCAGCAAUUCUUCAAUACAAAACCACUCUCGUUAUCCAGUUUCCUCUUGAUACCUUAUACUGUCACUUCCCGGCCCUCUCUACAGCACUCAUCACUACUCUAAGGAAGGCAUGGAAGACUUGGGAUUUCUUACACAUGAUGAGCCUUCAGCGGAAUUACCUAUGCUAAAGGAUGACAAGAGUACUCUUACGCCCUACGAAGCCCGUUACGGAGUCGGUGCUGUCUUCCGGGGUGAUGUCGAACUACAGUGACACGAGAUUCUUCGUUAUAUCCGCGGCUGCCUUGAAGUUAAAUACAUUCAUCGGAUCUGGUAUACUCAGUUCAACGGAUUGCAUACUACACGGG